CUCCCUCGCUCUCCCUCACCCUCUCCCUCACACUCUCUCUCAAUAUAAAAGCCUUCUUUCCCUGGUGUUCAACCCCAUUUGCCCCAACAUGGAGAGCCAGCGUGUUCUCUCUUCUUACCGCAAGCGCUUCGGGCCUCAGGGCUCCACCGGGUCCCCUGCCCUGUCCAGCCGCCUAAGCACUGGCCGCCUGUCCCUCCACAGCACCCCUCGCCACCUGACCCUGUCCAGCCCGGGAGCCCUGUCCACCUCCCGGCUGUCCCUCGGUGGCGAGCGGCUGGACUUCUCGGCCGAUUCUCUGCUGAAGGCACAGUACCGGGAGACUCGCACCAACGAGAAGGUGGAGAUGAUGGGGCUGAACGACCGCUUUGCCAGCUACAUUGAGAAGGUGCGCUUCCUGGAGCAGCAGAAUAAGAUGCUGGUGGCCGAGCUGAACCAGCUGCGGGGAAAAGAGCCCAGCCGCCUGGGGGACAUCUACCAGGAGGAGCUGAGGGAGCUGCGGAGGCAGGUGGACGGCCUCAAUGCAGGGAAGGCCAGGCUGGAGAUUGAGAGGGACAACCUGGCGGCUGAUCUGGUCACACUCAAACAGAGACUUCAGGAUGAGACUGCACUGAGGCAGGAGGCUGACAACAACCUGAAUGGAUUUAGACAGGAUGUGGACGAGGCAGCUAUGAACAGGGUUCAGUUGGAGAGGAAGAUUGAAGCUCUACAGGAUGAGAUCAACUUUCUGAAGAAAGUUCAUGAGGAGGAGAUGAAGGAGCUGCAGGAGCAGCUGAUGGCUCAGCAGGUUCAUGUGGAUCUGGAUGUGUCCAAACCUGACCUGACUGCUGCUCUGAGGGAUAUCAGAGUGCAGUAUGAGGCCAUGGCCUCUUCUAACAUGCAGGAGACUGAGGAGUGGUACCGCUCAAAGUUUGCGGAUCUGACAGACGCAGCCAACAGGAACGCUGAAAGUCUAAGGCAGGCAAAGCAGGAAGCCAAUGAUUAUCGUCGACAGAUACAGGCCCUGACCUGCGAUCUUGAGUCCCUGCGAGGAACUAACGAGUCUUUGGAGCGUCAGCUGCGUGAGAUGGAGGAGCGGUUCUCCAUUGAGACAGCAGCGUAUCAGGACACAGUGGUGCGUCUGGAGGAUGAGAUCCAGACGCUGAAGGAGGAGAUGGCUCGACAUCUGCAGGAGUACCAGGAUCUGCUCAAUGUCAAACUGGCCCUGGAUAUAGAAAUUGCCACCUACAGAAAACUCCUGGAGGGCGAGGAGAGCAGGAUCACAGUUCCUGUGCAGAGUUUUGCUAACCUGCAGUUCAGAGAAACCAGCAUGGACACCAAACUGACCCCAGAGGCUCAUGUGAAGAGGAGCAUUGUUGUCCGAACUGUUGAAACCCGUGAUGGAGAGAUUAUAAAAGAGUCGACCACGGAGAGGAAGGACCUGCCAUGAUCUCACAGCUGCUGGAGCUAAUGGCAAUGACGAGGAGAGAGAGGCCUGACACGAGCUAGCCUUCAGUGUCCCUCACCAUCAUAUCCACCCUAAUGCUUCCAGACACUGAUCUCAGCUCAUCCCCCCAUCUUCAUCGCUCGGGGGUCACUCUAGGGGCUGACUAAUCUGAAAAUGUUGCCACUGAUACCAAUACUGAUGUUAAGGAGCUAUAAACACUUCACUAAACUCUAAUCUGAGCUGAUUUCAUUGAUUUUAAAUCUACAGAAUAUUUCUCAUGCUAAAUUUUCACGGCUAAUCAUAUCAGUUUGAGUUAACAAAUCCACUGGAAUGUGAUGUUUUUAACUGUGUGUUGAGAAGUAAACUAGUACAAUUACUACAGUCUAAUGUAAAUUAUGCAGUAGAAUGUAAAAGGUUUCAGAGCAAUUUUAUUGAGUUAACACAACAUAUUUUAUUCAACAUUCUCCUAAAUCAUUUAUUCAGUUUGACCAUCAAUAGAAAAUGAGUUGAGCCUCAAAAACAUGAAUUUAAUAAACUUCAAAAUGUCAGACUCCUGUGGCUCCCAUUUGCAGGUCACAAAUCCCCCUAUACAAUAGAUGAGGCCAUCCUAUUAUCCGACUCCUGACCACAGAGGACGGUGUUGUUGAAGGGAUUUAUACAUCUUCUGUGUCUCUUGCCAAGCAGGCAGUUAGACAGUCGCACCACUUGAGAACUGUAAAACCAUGUACUUUGUUUUGUUUACACUUCUGUCACCAAGAAAGAACAGAAAGGUAAAUCUACUAAGUAUUGUGUUUUAAUACAGUGUUGUUUCACAGCUCCAGGGUGGCCCUACAGUCUAACUGCUAACUGCUGCUCAUCAAGCAUGAGGAGAUCAAUCAUUACAAAGUAUUAGUGUUUCACUGCCAAAAGCCUCUCAGUUUGGGGAUGUGAUCAGAUGGGUUUUAACCUGCAGAUGAGUAAACAGAUGUGGGGGAGGAGCUAUUAUAUAUAUUUCAGUUGUUUUGGGGGCUCAAAUCAAUGUACUGUAUGUUGCUGACUAAAUUUAAGAACUCACAAGUUGAGUUAACUCACAAAUUGCUUUGUAAUCAGACCAAUCUGAUGUUAAUAUUGUUUGAUUUCAUCUGACAAACAAUAUAUGAAGUCAGGCCCUAGUUCAGGCCCUUCAUCUGUUGAUUUACUUAAUAUUAACAUCAUUUACAAGCAAAAUAAAAGCCAUUCUCUUUCUUUAAAUAGCUAGACAAAAGGAAUGGGAAAUAUAUAGUAAAAGUAUGACACUGACUGUGCCCAAUAUAAGGGAUCACAGGUCAGUUUACAUUUCUACUCAAGGCAGAAAUGACGUUUAAAACACAGUUGGCCAGAGGGCAGGCAGGAAAAUGUAGUUUCUUAAGUUGUUAAGAGUAGCAUAGUUUUUAUCGCCAGUUAUAAUUUUUCUUUUGAUAGAUUUUUUGUUUAUAGUGUCUGCUAGAGAGGAAUUAGACUGAGAAAUGUAGUUGUUUGAGUAAGUGAAUGGUCAGCGGGUAGGUAUAGCAGGAGCAGAGGUCAGUGGUGCUAAAACGGAGGUGGAUGUUGGAAACUGGACACGUAAUUUGAGAGAGAUUUAGUGAGGUGAAUAUGCUAGAGGUGCUAUGAGGAUGGAUGCUUGUGCACGUUGUUGACCUUGACCCACUCACUUCCUCAUUCUUUUGAAUAGAAACGGAAUUAAGUUUGUUAAAUAUUCAUUUAAAUGUAGUCCUGCACUGAAUGGAACUAAUUAUUUGUUGAUAUGUAAACACUAUUUCAAUAUCCUGUCUAAAAUUACAAUUUAAUGCAGCUGACUGAUUCAGUGUAUUAUAUUCAUGUAUUGCUAUGUGCAGAAACCAACGCACACACACACACACACACACACACACACGCUCACUCACUCACUCACUUAUAGUCAAGGUGUCUGAGUGAUUGAGUGAGCACAGAGAUGUGAGCUUUAAAGAUAGCAGUGUGUUUAAGUGUGUGUGUGUGUGGGGGGGGGGGUCUCUACACUAGCAGAACUGAAGGAAGGUGGUAUUUUAACAGCAGGCCUUGUCGGCAGGAGUAAAAUCCGCUUUGUUAAUCAGCUAUUACCGCAAGUACACUGACCUUUACACUGACCUUUCUGCACUCUUAAUAGUGCUCGACGCUCAUCUGUCGGACAGUCUGUGUGACUCUUUGUUGCAUUGUCCUGUUGUUCGUGUCAUAUCCAGAGUUCCAUCAGGCCCCUAAGAAAUAAUACUGUCUUUUAGCACUGAGUUGUAUGUUCAUAAAAGUCUAAAACUAGAUAAUGACUUCUAGACAUGUGUUUAGUAUCUCAAACAACUGCUGUGACUACUAUCAGCUGCAUUAAUAAAAUAAAUCACUCGUUUGA